ACAUACUUCUGUAAACCACCUUGCGUAUGGAAGUAUGGCGGCACUAGCGACACAACUACUACUCGGCCAAAGUUUAGUGCACAGAUUUUCACGUGAAAACAAUGAGUAAGUACAGGAAGAGAGGGGUUGGUAACGAAGAGCUCGGCCGCAGCAAACAGAGGAAAGGGCUUGCAGAAAGAGUCGUGGGUCUCUGGCCGGCUGAAUUGCCUCUAUUUCUCUUCACCUCCUUGAUUGAAGUGCCUUUAGUCCGGGUACCACAGGGGAAGAAACUCCGCAAGACGGGAAGAGUGGACACGGAAGUUUGAAACAGAUUGAAAACUCUGGCUUUGGAAGACUGUUUGCAGACAGUUAAACUGUGGAAACCGUAAAGUUAUUUCGGGGAUUUUUCGAUGCACUUGCCCGACCUUUUACUACCAGCGUGUAAACAGCGACUCGGCACGAGCCAACUGUUGAGUGCUCGAUGUGCAUUUAAGGGUCUCGCGCUGCAUACCACCAGCUAACGUUAGUUAGCCUCCAUGGCUAACUUAAACAUUAGCUUCAGAUCGUCAGCUAAUCCACACUGUAAACAUUUCCAGGGCUAUGUAAGUUCACAUUCACACUUGUUUUUCCUGCAAACGUUUGUAACAACGGUGCAAGUUUGGGAUAAGUCUGUACAAGUUUGUUAUCCCUCUUAUGUGUGUCAUAUAGACGUUUGAGUGUUUUUGACAACGAUUUUGAAGUAAAAUUGCCUAAAGACAAUGGUGGUCAGGGAUACGACAGUAAUAUCCUGAGAGAUAAAAGCACAUUAUUUUUUAACACUAACGUAUGUUUAAACGUGAAUUAAUGUACUUUUUUCUCUAUUCAAACACCCUAUCUUUAAAUAGUUAUGUGUUGCUUGAAAUAUAAUUCAGUUAACCAAGGUUUGUAUCAUAUUUGACUGGUUUGACAACAGUUGAAAAAAGGGAAAUUCAGUGGAUGAACAUCCUCUUUAGAGUGGAGGAAGUUGGUUUAAUACUCAUGGGAUGUGGGUGUCCUCAAAGGAGGGCACUUUAAAUACCUGCAGUGAUUUUUGUAUUCAUCUGGAUAUGUUGCAUGUGAUAGAAACCUGUUGAACAACUAUGCUGGCAUUUGUUAUUGAUACAUCUCAUCCACAUGAUGUACACCCUUAAGUCAUGAUGUUGUGAGACUCAUUAAUGCACAUUUUCUAUAUUCUAAUGCAGUUUUCAUGCCAAAAAGAUGCUCAUAGCUCUGAAUGGAAUAAUCAUUGAUCGUUUGUUUUCCCCUCCAGACUACUUAGAAACACUGAUCUUUGACCUCCAAGGCAUUCAGCCUCCAUUAAUGCGUGAUAAACAGAGACAUACUGGAGUAGAAGGAAUCUUGAAAGGUGGUCAACAUUACCCACACUCCAGUAGAAGACGAACUGAGCUGGGGAAAGGGGUUCCUGUCUUCUCCUGACCCCUCCACUGACUGGUACCCAACUGUUUGAAGGUGCCCCACAAAGUUCAGCUUGGAGAGUCCCGGCUGCGGCCUGGCACUCUGCCCUUAUGGGGCAGCAGCCGGGAAAGUUUUCAGGGGACCAGAGGAGACCCAGUCUGCCAGCCUUCAUCAAGGGUGGAAAGAGAGAGUCGUCACGUCAUGGGACCCAGCCCUGUAACGUUUUUGCUGUGCAUGGUAAGAAAAUGUUUUUGAUUAGACCCUCAUUUGGUCUUUAGUCAUGACAGCAGUAUAGGUUUAUUUAAUAGCUGUGUCAGGGAAUAGAUUUGCAGCCCUCUUACCAGCGUGUGCUCUCACUGACCCAAACUUGAGAACUUUAACCACUCAGUUUUCUGUUUCCUUUGUUUGUCUGCCAUUUUACUUUUCAUUAAAAAACUACAUCAUAAAAAUAAGUGGACCAAAUACAAAAGAGUAAAUGGUAUUUACUGCUGUGCAAAGGAGUUAUGAUACAUGAAUAGAAAUAACAGAAGUGUAUAGAUGGCUUAAGCACUCUUGUGAUUGCAUCAUUGAUAUUGCUGCUAGUCAGUCAAAUAACAAAUUUGCUUGCGCAACCUGACGAAAGUGUUGUGAAUUAAUUCAAAUUAUUGCAAAAAGACACUUGAAGUUCUUAUAACCUAACCUAACAACCAUGAUGUAUAAUACAAACAGCUCUGGACUUCUACUCUGUGCAGUCAGUAUGGUAUGGUAUGAGUCUGUACCUUUGAUUGGUCAUUGCUUUGGUGUCUGACUGGCAGCCCCUAAUAGUGUCUGAUAAAUGCUGAAGAAACACAUCACCAGAAAUUGUUCCUCUCCAUCCAUACCCCUGCUUUACUAAGCUGCGUUGUGGUGUGGCAGAGCUGAACAGUGCCUCCUUCUGUAUUUGUUAAGGGUGGUGUGUGGCUUUUAAGGGAAAGUUCUGUAAGAUAUCCUUGGUAUAGCACAGAGAAUACAGGCUGGUUAUGAAAGCAGGGCUAACAGUUAUUUUGCAGUACCGUUUAAUCUAGAAUUUAUUUGUGGAAUUAAGUGAUUAAUCUUCUCGUUAAUAAAAUCUAGCAGAAUUGUUCUCAGACACCAAGUGGACAUCUUGUAAAAUCAGCCAAAUUUCCUUCUCAGCAUCCUGUCAGUACAAAUAAACAUAAAGCUGAACAUUUCAGUUUAUGAUCAAGUUAAAACACAAAGGUGCUUCUUAGUCAUUACAUGUUUUUAAUGCAACUUCUGAAGGAAUUUACUGUAGAUGUUCAUACUUUUUGAUAUGUCCUCUUCCUAGUUGAUAUACCUGUUAGCAUAAAUGAGGCAAAUGUCAAUCUGUCACUAUUGGCAUUACUUUAAAUGGUAAAAGUUACUCUGCAGCAAUCUGCCACUUAAAAAUGCACCCACCAGCUCUGCUGUCGUUGCCUGGAUUGCAGGCCAAGAUGUUAUUCCACUUUCUUAUUAUUUUUUUAAACAGAAGUGGUUAGGGCCUCGUACCUCCUCAGGCUGCUUUCACAUCUGUACCUGGUAACUGUCAUUAUUACCCAACACUCUAAAGCUGCCUGAAACGGACACUUAACUGUUUUGACACAGUGAUUAACAACUCCGAAUGCUAACAGAAAACUCACAUUUUUGCCACAUUGUCAGCAGGUGCUGUCAUUGUGCUUAACUCCUUUCUGCUGAUUGAUCCGACGUGUGGGAUCAAGUUGUUGCUAUAAACACUUGGCUUUCAAAUAUGAAACACUGUUGUUAUGGGGUUUGCCCCAUCAGAAUCAAGUGUUUUACACAGCUGAGUAGUAAAUAGACUUAAAACACGGCUCUGUCUGAAUUAACUAAUCACCCUCAUGCAUGCUUAAUGGUGAAAGCUCUAGCACUGCACUCCCAAAGGGAAUGCUAGACUGCUGCUGGCUGAGAGCCUCAGCAUGCUUUGAAAAGCCAUGGACCAAUUAACACACUUACAGGUUAUUAACCUGGUGAUGUUUCCUCCAGUUUUUGUACUUCUUUAAAUCCAUGACUACAGGAAGCAGUCUGUCUCUCUCUGGUUUAAAUUUUCUUAACACUUGUCCUUUCAAAAGCCACGGUUAUCUUUAAAUGGAAGCAAAUGUUCGUAGUUGAAACUUUAACAUAAAGAAAGUAUUGGUAAUUCUUUAGAUUACUUCAGUUUUUGUUUUUAACUUCUUAACGUUCUAUAAAGAACUGACUCAUUAAAAUGCCUUUGUGAUGUCUACAUGGAGCCAAGUGAAGCUAGGUCUUCAGAUUCAGUCAGGGAGGCUUGUUUUCUGCCAUAAAUCAAAUUUAAAUAGUUUUUACUGAAUGCCAGCAAGCGUUUCUUUUAACCGCUUUAGCUUUGGUGUUUUAUGAUGCUGUUAAUGAUCACUGGGGGAAUAAAAAACAUAAAAAUCUAGAUUCAUUUCUAUAUUCUGCCAUAUGUGGGGAAACUUUUAGGAGCUGAAGAGACAAUGUAAAUACCAGUAAAGAAAAACUGAGGUCCAUUUGUCACCAUCCAAGAAAAGAACUUCUCAGUUGAAAUUUUGGGCUUCACGUUCUCUCAGCUCUUAAAAAUGACCCCUUGUCAUUGAACCAGAUGCAUGCCAUGCAUCUAGCUAACUGAUAAGUUUACCAAAUGUGUCCAUUGGGCUGUGAUUGACUUGGCAGGAAUACUUUCCACAGAGUCUCAGUCUUGCAUAACACAGAGGGGGGACCGGACGGAGAAGGUCAGAAAAACAGAAUGAAAGGUUUUGCCGGUAAAAGGAUCGAAUUUGGUAAAGGGUCAGUGACAUGGGCCAUACUUGUUUUCUCUCUCUGCCCCCUUUCCUCUUGUGAUGAGCAGGUUAGACUAGGAGAGGGGGAUGUGACUCAUAGUGCAAGAGGAGGGCAAUAACAACACAGGAUUUUACAUCUCUGUUUUUUCUCCUCCUGGUGAAACCCAGCUAGUUAACAGUAAGCUAGCCAGCUGCAUGCUGCUUCUCAGCAGGCAGGUUCAGACCUCUGCAUGCAGCUGCCUGGGAGAGAGACAGAGGCAGUCAGGGGCAAGCAAAGACCUGCCUGUGCUCUUGGCACCUCUGUGUACUGUACAGCAGGGAGGUAUGAUCUCACUGGUGAGAGAGUAAGAUUACAAGGAUUGAGCAGGGUAGUGAAUUUUUGGGAGCCGUAGCUCACACAAUACAUUUCCAGCUGUUUUUCUGUGUGUGGUUCAGUUAUCUGAGUAACCCCCAAGUUCACUGUGGGCUUUGAUGGAUCAUGGGCAAGCUUAAAAGCGACAGUAUGUUACUCAACCUGCAUAAAAAGAAGUACGUGCAGAGUUCACAAGAAUGCGCUUUAGUUUUUCUCCAAGUUGUCUGUUGCAUGUCGUGUGUAUUUGUGGAUACUACAAUUUGACAUGGAUUGACUGCGGUCAUUGCAGAUGUCCAGCCAUUCAUAACUUCUGAGAAUGGAUGCCGAUUUUAGAGCUAAUUGUCAUCCAUUUCUGUUGCGUUUCUUUGCUUUAUACUGCGGCCGACUAGCAGGAGCACGACUAUCCUUAAGAAAAAAUUCAAAAAGAAAAAACACACACAGCUUCUCAGUAAUUUCAUCAUUUCAAAUAUUUUCAACUUUCUCAUUUGUACCAGAGUUUGAUAUCUGUUUUUGAUUGGCUGGUUGCUGAUAGAUAAUGCUUUUAUAGUGUUGUUGUUGUUUUGCAUUUGAUAAAGCAAGAAAAAAAAACCUUGAAUAAAAAGUACUAAUCAGAAACAGAAUAGCGUAAACUGAUUAAAUAUUUUAUGUUUAUCGCCAUUUCCUGGUGUUUCCUCAAUAGAUUAAAAGUCUCUGGGACUUUGGAUUUUUCCAUCCAGCUAUCUGUAAUUCUAAAAAUAGAAAAAAUUGAGUGAUGGGGUUAAAUAAAAACUGGGUUAAAUAAAGAACAAGGUCAUGCACAGUGAUAUUGUUAAAUGCACAUUACAAUCCUAUACUCAUGGUUAUCUCAGCCAGUAACAUACAGUAUCUUAAAUGGAUUUUUAAACUUUGAUGGUCAUGGCAAAGAUCACAGACAUUAGAUUCACCUGUAUCUGACAGAAUGCUUUGCUCACAGGUCAUGACUUGUGACUUGUGCAAAGAAAAAGGAAGAACAAUAGGCACCAAAUUAAGCUUGCACUAGCCAACUAGCUUUCAAAGUAAUCUAUACCAAUAUUUCUUUAUUACAGUUUGAUAUGGAUAAAACUCAAUUUCACUUUAAUGAGAAAAAAAAUACUUAAAGGUGGGGUAGGCAGGAUCUGAGGAGGUGCCAGUUUAGGGGAGAAAUCCUGAAUGUAAACUCUACCCCUCCCAACCAGUUUUCCCCUCAGCUCCUCCUCUCCCCUCCCUCUCUGCUCCAGCAAGCCCCGCCCACAAACAGACGCUCCUGCUCGCUUGAUUGUUCCAAUUAAAUUCACAUAUAAUGUAGAUAAAUACUUCAGAUAAUUACAAAUGGGGCCCAGUCAACGUGAAAGUAAACAGCAUUGGUGCUACUGUAGAUGCCAACAGACUACCAGAAAACACAACGUUUGCAGGACUUCUAUAACUAGGAUUAAGUGACAUAGUCCAGGACCCGAGGUACAGACACUUGGCUUACUUUGUUAAAGCGGUUUACCUGUCCAGCAGAAAGGUUACAGGGUCUGUAAGAUCCCGAAGUGUCCCCCAUUAUUGUUGACCCGGCUUCUUAGCUCUUGUCCGGUCUACCUCCUUGUUAUGCGUCUGUUAUUCUGCCAGAGUCUCCAGUAUUUACUUUUUCUUGCUUGUGUCGGCAGUCAUAGCCAAAGGAGGAUUCAAACAAUUUUCUGUACUUUCUGGUUGGUUUCUACUGUCUGAUAUUGUAGCACGCUAACUUUGUUUGAGCUCCUGAUCGACACAGGGGAGCAGCGUCUGCCUCACAACUAAUCAGGUUGGGGGAGGCGGAGAACGGCUUUGUUUACAGUCAGAAAGAGCGGAGUGCUCUGAAAUUUUAAAAUGUCGACUACACAGACAUAACAAAACACAGCAAUAUCGUUAUAUUACCAAAUGUCAUCAAUAACUAAUAGCUAUUGACUGAUAUUAAAAGUUCUUUUGUAUAUACAUCACAAAAACUUCUUUAACUUUAACUUCUUUAACGGAUUCCUGCCUACCCCACCUUUAACUGUUUCAUAACAGUUAGAUAACACACCAACAAAUCAACAUUUCCUCCAGCUUUGACAAAAAACAAUGCUUCCAGCAACCAACAGUUAUUUUUAGCUCAGUAAAAUCAUCAAAAUUCUAUAAAACUAUUGGAAAAGGAUUAAAUGAAUUUACCACAAAUAAGAGUAUCAUAAAUGUCGAAUGGGCACAGUGUCUUUGUUGAAAUAUUUUCAAUUUGCUGCAGGAAGUGGAACUGCAGCAUAAAAUUAUUCAAAGAAGGAGUGAUGCCUUUCAAUUAUCUUACUGUCCUUCUCUGACAAAAAUCAGCUUACAGGGUAGAAGAAAAUGCAGGAAGAGAGGAUUUGGUGGAUGGAGGGUUUGAAGGAAAGAAGAUCAAAACAUUAGUGUGUCUCAUUUGAGGUAUCUCUGUUAUUGCCCUUUCCAGAGUUGGUGGUUGGAAGAAAAUGUGCCCUCUGGUGGCCACAUGUAGUCAUAGCAUUCUUGUCUUUUAUUUGGGUAAACUGCAGUUCUGAACAAGAUGUAGUUCUAAAAAGAAAAAGAAGAAAGGCAGAAAAUGUUUGUAUAAUAUUUGUGUAAAUAUUAAGCAACUGUGUAGAACAUUUGACUCCAGAAUCAUAAGACAGUAUAGUAUGGGAGAGAGUGACUUUUAAGUGCUACUGAUUUAUUACUAUGUUUACAGUGAAGCUGUCCAAAAACAUGCAAAAGAUGAGGAUGUUCUUUUAGUCAAGAAGAAUAAAUGGUGAUAUUUCAGUAUAACAAACCACGUUGCUGCUUCUUAUCAAAAACUAUCUCUACUGAAACAGUUGAAAGCCUUUCAUCUGAUGCAAGCUACAGAACUCCAAGAAGUAAGCAUUGAAUCAUUAAGAUACAAACUACUGGAUCCAGUGCAAAUCUAACUUGCCAAUAUUCCUUCUGUUUCAUCCUUUUGUGUGCAGUCUGACUUGGCUGGACACCGACUGUGGGAGUCAGUAGAAACUUUGUUUAACUUACUAGCUGGUGAACACAUGUCAAAGGAAUUAAUUGUCCUCUAUGUUUGGAUUCCUCCUCCUCCUCUGUGUUAAUAAAUCAGUGGUUAGAUCAAGAACUGAAGGCUGAAGGCAAUCCUGAAUCAUCUGACUUUCUGAUAAAAGAUAAGCUGCAUCUUUCAUCAUUCCUCACCACAGGCUUUUGUAAAGAUUGCACAAUGGCUCUUACAGGUAUCUGAAAGGGAACAUUAAUCAAACGUUUGUGUAUGAGCAAAGGCAUUCAAAAAAGUUUUAGUAAAAACUAGGAGUAGUGUAUGUCUAUUUAUACGUUCUCAUAACUUUAAUAUUUUACCGCAUCAUCAAUUUUGUUUAUUUAAAACAAUUUAUAUUAAUUAGUGCCAGACUGAUAUGGAUUUUUUGGGGCCAAUGCCGAUACUGAUUAUAAGGGGGGGGGGGAUCUGAUUACCGAUUAAGCAGCCGAUUGUUUAAAAUUUUUGUGAAGUUAUAAAAUAUAUACUAUAGGCUACUGCUCUUCACACCGACAGGAAGACCGACUGAUCAAACUCAGACCAGAAAAGCGUUUUCAACUGCCCACCGAUGAUCGGUGCCUCCGCGUCUUAACUUAUGUUACUCAUUAACGGUCCAGUCUCUUCUGGAAACAUGCAGCUGCCUCAGAAAGAGAAGUAGCUCGAUCACGUCAUGUGUACUGUUGUUUAUUCUACCGUUACUGGCACGGCUAACAGUGUAGCAAGGCUAAUAGCAGGUGGCUAACUCUAACUUUAGCUUGCAUAUUACAUGGUGCUUCACUGUUAAUUCGGUGUGACAGAGACCAGCACAGCGGGGAACAUCGUAUAGUGGGUUGAACUGAAACUUGUUGACUUAUUGUGUAUUUCACAAACUAGUCUAUUUACCGUUGAUGCGGACCACUCUCCUCCGUGCGUCCCUCAGCUGCCUGCUUCAGAUCCGUCACUCUGCUGUGCUGUGAGGUAGUUAGUGGAUGAAGAUUGUCAUGAGGUCGUGGCGCCCUCUUUAAGAUUAGUCGGGGAACUUUUUAAAUGGCGGAACAUUCUCAAAGUGAAACCAAAUCUUAUUCUCCACAUUUUAUUUCAGAAAAUAUCGGCGAAAAUCGGCGAGUUUGGGCCGAUUAUCGAUAAGUCUCAAACGGGCUAAAAUUGGCUGAUUUAAUUUGCUCGCUGAUAAAUUGGUCAGGCCCUGGUUUUAAUACCCCUAAUGUUUCCUUUUUCUGUGUCUUUUCUUUUGGUUAUUAUCAGCAGCAGGUUUCAUAAAGACACCUAAAUAUUAACUCAUAUUUGGUAAUAUUUCACUCAUCAUUCUGGCAUCCCAAAAGGUAAUCUGCAUGUGAAUUCAAUUUGUAAAUGAUGAAAUUUUACAAUGAUCCAAACUAAGAGAGUUCAGAAUGAGAUCUGCAGCGACUAGCUGCACAUAAAUUUUAAACAGCAAGACGGAAAAGGUCGUAUUUAAAUUGCUUUAAAUUUGUCACAUUACAAUGCAAACAAACAGAUUUAUUCAGGGGAAGAUGCUGAUGGCUACGUGUGUCUGUAACAGCAGUCUGAAUGGAGUCACUGGUGUGUGAUUUGUGGAGGAUUUUAGCUUGUAGCACUGCACUGUGUGUCGUGUAAAUCAUGUCUAACUGGUGUGUUGUCAAAUUGUACUUGGGUUCAACUAAGCAGCAGAAUUCCUCAUUUUCAGUGAACUGGAGGAAUCUCUCAUCCUAGAUUUACCCUAUAAAAUCCAAUUUUAUCACUCUGCAUACAGAGUUUGUGAUACAAUCGAGAAUAAAGUCUAUACCGCUGUCUCCAUGCUACAUUUGCUCUCCCCCUAGCAAAGUGCACUGACCUACAGACGCUAAUGACGUAGCACAUGCAAAAGCUUGUAAACAGAAUAGCAUAGAUCUGAGUCUGCCCCAGAGAUGAGCCGUUGGAUCAGCCUUUUGUCUCUGUUACUUAAAAUGAGGUUUUUGUCUACCUGAACUGGAUCAGUGCAUCCACGAUUAUGUUGAUAACCAAGAUAGUGUAAAGGUGAUGUUUUUGGGACCUGCUUUUUUGAUUGCUUCUAGUUUGUGUAUGUGUGCCCCUGCCCCUUAGUCUAUGAGUGUGUGUGUAUGUGCAAGACUGUGUGUCUGUGUCUGUGUGUGAGCAUGUGUUUUUUCCCGCAACAGCUGAGUUCCUUGUCGAUGCAGAUAGCGUAUCAAUUUCUCUCUCAGUCUCUUACUGUCUGUUUCUUGGCUGGAGCUCGAGGAAUCUUUAUAGUCUACACACCAAAUCCACCCCCCCCCCCCCCCCCAUGAUCCUUCUGAGUCCUCUAGAAUGGAGGAGGGUGUGUGUGUGUGUGUGUGUGUGUGUGUGUGUGUGUGUGUGUGUGCGCACGCACGCCCACAUUUGUACCCCUGCAGCCGGCGCCUCACAGAAAUGCUCAUGCAGGCCAGCUGUUAGGCCCCUGGUGUCUUGUCACUCACACUGGCUGGUCUUGUCUCUAAAAAUCUGUGUGUGUGUGAGAGACUCAUUUGUCCCUUGUCGGAUGACACUUGACUGAUUAGUGACUGUUUCCCCCUCUCAUCAACUCUUGACCACCUGGAAGAGUCCACUUUAUUACCACUCUACCUGAUGACUAGUCAAAACAAAACAGCUGUGUGUAUAAAUCAAAGUAGCCAAGGUAUUCAGCACUUUACAAGUCCACUCUCUUAACUGCUGUUGUCAAGCUUCGUGGGCAGCCAUCUGCUUGGAUUAAAUAUAUGAUUAUGUAUAAAAAGCACAGAAGAUUUACAUUAUCUUACACUGUGUGGAUGUAAUGAGAUGCAAGGAAAUUUUACCACCAAAAAACACCCAAACCAGACAGAAAAUAGCACUUUUGUUUUACUUUUUAAAUUUCUGUAAGCAAUUAGAAGGAAUGUGUCUAAAUUGGCUCCUGGCAAAGCUAUAAAAUAAACAGUAUUUGGAGUUUCGACCGCUGUUCUUCCCAUCGUGGUCCUUUUUUUUUUUGUUGUUGCAUGUUUCGUCGACUGAGGGGCAUUAGGUGAGAUAGAGUGGUGAGUGAGAACAGACCCACAGGACGAGAUGGACAUGUGCUGGAUUCUUUUGAUCACUUUUACAGCAAAAGAAAUGACCUGUUACCCUCAUUUAACAGGUGUUGUUGACGAUAUUCAACCAUUGUUAAUUAUAUUGUUCACACGAGUGCUUUUCUUACGGGUAUUUGUCCAAAAGCCGCCCAUAAAAGGAGGAUUGUGUAACGAUUAUAUAAUGAGCAUCUGAUCAGUAUGACUGUCUAAUUAAUCGCUUCCUGGCCUUCAGCCUCUUCAGCAUCUGCCUCUUGAUCCUUCCCACUCUGUUUUCUCGCUAAGUGUGUGUGAUCUGUUGCAGCAAGAGUGUUGAGUAAUAUUGCCUAUUUACUCAGAGAAAAAGAGAGAGCAAGAGUUGAACAUGGGGCAAGCCACAGCAGUGUAGUGAAGAAUGUGACCUCUUGUGCAUUCCUCUCAAAUAACUGGUGCAAUCCCCUGUUUCCCUUCCCUUUCUUCUUCUCUCCCUCUUUUCUUCUCCUCUUUCCUUUGUGCAGUUGUCUUUGUUCGUCCCACUCUUUGAUUCAGUGGAUAUUCUGUUAUAACAGCUGAAAAGGGGUGAUAUGCCAAUAAAAAAUAAGAAAUGAGCUGACAAUUGGAGAUGAUCAUUACGGGACAAUAAACAAAGCGUAAGUGGCAAUUAUUGGUCAUUACCGCAUCAUAGAAAAAUAAGUUGCUUUGUGAGAAAGUUGCAAAGCAGAAACAGUAAGUCACAGCACCUUAUCUGUCAAAAUCAGAGGAUGAAUAAAAUAUUUUGGGCAAGAAAAUUUAGAAAAAUUCAUACGAGUGAGGUUGUAACUUUAAGAUUGAAAAAGGAAAAAUGAUCAGCUACUUAGAGCGGAUAUAUUUUGAAGCCAAAGCCAUCUUCCCAAAGCGAGGGAAGACUCAAAAGCCAGGUGCACACAAAGGCUUAAACCAGAGCUUUUUCUGCACAUCUAAGGUACAGAAUGUCUUUGUACAGAACUAUACUGCACACACUGUACUUAUUUGAUACUGUAUACAUGUUGCUUAGGGACAAACAGUCCAUGGAUGUUAUCUUGGCUCCCACCCUUGUUGUAGAUAAUCUGAUUAGCUUCAUCAUCAUUAACAGUAUUUGUUAUGCAGCCGGGCCUUAACAACUGAAAGUAAUUAUCUACCAAGGUACCUUGUAUAUUACUUAUUCAUUCCCUUUUUAAAGCAAAUAUAUAAAUUGCUUUAAUUCUGGUUCGCUUUUUAAUUGUAAUUAUACUGUUUUUUCAGUAACAGGACAUAACUUGUGUUCACAUGUCUACAAUUCUUGUCAAAACAACCAGACAAACACCUCUUUUUUUGCCUGCUAUGCCUCUAUCACACACUCGUAAAAAUAAACAGUACAUACAGCACACACAAAAGCAUACUGUGAACCUCCAAGUUGUGUUAGGAAUGCAGCGUGGGAGCUCGUCGCCGACUUGGUCCACCAGACGCAGCUGUUGUUUUUUCUGCAGACAACCUGCUACCUCAGAUGCCAGCUCUGUGUUUUUUUUUUUUUUAAAUCGCCCUCUUUGUCAGAAGGCAUCUGUCCCUGUGCAGAUUACCAGAGGAAAUCUGUGGGGACAUGAUUUGUCACAAUAGGAUUUGUUCUUUAAAAAGAGGUAGAUUCUUCAUAAGUCGCAUUUUUUUCUUGUACUCUCCUCGCUUUACUUUCCAUCAAGCAGGAUUUAACAAUUCCUUUCCACUUAGGUAUUGUCUGGCUCAUUUACAUUAUUGUCUGCUUUGUUUUUUUCCCCCCACUAGUCUAUACCGUACUGGUAUGCUGUCUUGUCUUUUUUGUGUUGUGUUUAGCUCCUCUUCAUAGCUCUAAAAGAGGGGGCCUGCUUUGCUUGCUGCAUCUGGAUCCACUUAGACACAAAGAAGAGCCCAAGCAGCUCCAUUGCUGCAGCCUGAGAGCCUCGUUGCAAGAGUCUCUCUUCUGUGUACGUCUCUCUGUUUUUUGCCCCAGUGGGCAUGCAGACAAAUGGGGUCUUUCCCCAGGCAUCUAGAUAACAUCUCAAAGACGUUUAAGGCUGAUAGUUUGCAAAAGCAUACAGGACAUCCAUUGGCUCUCUCGCUCUCUUUUUGGCCUGGAAACUUUCUGUCUGCUCUUAUCAAAUGCUGCUAAAUUGAUAUAUUUUACCCAAAGUAAUAGCAGAUUCUUUGGGACUUGCUUUCAAUUUGAAACAAUCCCUUUUUCUACUCACUCUCCCUCCCUAAAGAGCUUGGCUCUCCUCUUCUGCACACCCAUAAAACAAUGGAAUAUAAAAGCUGCGCUCUCAUUCCAGCACUCUCGGUCAAAUCAAGUAGUUAAGCUCUAAAAAGGACUGGAUUAGCACCCUCUCUUUCGGCAUAUAGGGCUCGUUUCUCUGCCCUCGUUUUUUUCCUCCCUUAUUUUAACAGACCUUUCAACACAGAUAAUUAGUGCAGUGUUUUAUGCCUGACAAGUGAUGAUUACUUGUGUGCAUUUGACCUGGCUUUCUGUUUGCCCAGUGUGUGAUAUUUUAACUCUUGGCUAGAGUGCAUACAUUUCCAUUCUCCGAAGGUUUGCAUAUUUUUGGUACUACAUAGUUCUGUCUGGAUCUACAGCAGUGCAUCAUGUGGAGAAAGAAGCUUGAGUGUAGCUUGAGUGUUGCACCUUUUUGUGUGUCUGUUAAAAUGGUUUUCCAGUUUCUGCAGUAGUGGGUGGGCUGAUUUAGGCUGAUUUAGAUACUUUUUUUUUAGAGGUUGACAGGCAAGAGUGACGCCACCGAUUGAUUUCGGAAUCAGUUUAUUUAGGCCUUGGGUUCUGCACUUUGGUCCUUUGUGUGUUUUUGGAGUAGGAAAUGAUCACAUUUGAUCUAGUGAGUGGAGAAACAUACCUGCCUCUCUAUCAGGUCACUGUGGUAGCAACUUCUUUUUUUACAGGUAACAUUUUAAAACAAACUCUACUUUAGAUAAAUGUGACUGUAAUUUACAAAAUGAACAUGCUAUUUGAAAAAUGUAAAACAAGAAGAUGAGAACAUAAAUUUACGAGCAAAAUAUUCACUGAGGUAAUAAAUCAAGUGCAGAGUGAUUUGGUUUUAUCGCCAUCAGGAUCCUGCACAGGGAUGAGGGCUAAAGGCACCUCUGCAUUUGUUUCACUUUUGAAAUCAACAUGCUAAUCCACUUCAUGGGAUUUUGUGGUUGCUCUCAGCUUUGCAUGCAGGUCUGUCCCGUUUGUAUUAGUUACUGUUCUCAGCUGGUCUUCCAGUGGACUUUUAAUGGACUCAAGAGUACGAAUGUCCUGAAGCACUUUUCCUAGUUGAGAAAAUGGAAAUUUAAAUUUGGGCUAAUCAACUCACUUUUUCUUAAAGGUGAGUUAGUUGUUGCACGAUUUGGUGAUGCAAUAAAUAACGACAUUUAAACUUUUGACACUGAUCCCUCUGCAGGACACGAUCGCUGUCUGAUUGCAGAGUGGGAUUUUUUUCAUCGCUUUAUGACCUCGCAGAAUCUUUAGAUUUAUAUGUUGAGAUUACGUUUAACUAGUAGCUCUGGUGCCGGCUAGGGCCCGACCAAUAUAGAUUUUUGGGGGCCGGUGCCUAUACCAGUUAUAAGGGGGGGGAAAUGUGAUUACUGAUAAACAGCAGAUUUUAAUUUUUUUUAUUAAGUUUUAUAUAUAUAAUAUAUAUAUCUACCGUUACUGGCACGGCUAACAGUGUAGCAAGGCUAAUAGCAGGUGGCUAACUCUAACUUUAGCUUACAUAUUACAUGGUGAUUCACCGUUAACUCGGCGUGACAGAGACCAGCACAGCAGGGAACAUCGUGAAGUGGGUUGAACUGAAACUUGUUGACUUAUUGUGUAUUUCACAAACUGGUUUAUUUACCGUUGAGGCGGACCACUCUCCUCCGUGCGUCCCUGAGCUGCCUGCUUCAGAUCCGUCACUCUGCUGUGCUGUGAGGUAGUUAGUGGACGAAGACUGUCAUGAGGUCGCUGCGCCAUUACGGGAUAAGUCGGGGAACUUUUCGAAUGGCGGAACAUUUUCGAAGUGAAACCGAAUAUUCUCCGCAUUUUAUUUCAGAAAAUAUCGGCAAAACUCAGCGGGUUUUGGCCGAAUACAGAUUAGUCUCAAACGGGCUAAAAUUGGCCAAUUUAACCGUCUCGCCGAUAAAUCAGUUGGGCCCUAGUGCCGGCAAGCAAGGGGUAUGAGGUUUGAUCUUUGAGUCGACCAAAUGUGCACAGUUUUCCCAGAGAGUGUUAGCAGAUGCAAGAGCACGCAUGUAGGGACGCAUAUUAUAAAAUGUGUUUAAUGGACCCAGCUUAAGUUUUAUUAUUUAACUGUAAAAUACUGAGAGAAAAACAGCUUUUAUAAGCCCUGAGAGAGUCAACAUAAACAAUCAUGUUUGUCUGUUGUUCUCUACAAUAAAUAUUUUGGUUAUUUUUCUCUACGCUCUUGCCCAAAUCGGUGACUUAUUACCACCUCAGGCUGCUUUGGCUUUUGACCUGGAUCCAGAGCAGCCACUGUUUUGUUCUUAAGUGUCCUUUCUCCCCCGUCGACGAUACUUAGUGGAGAAUUAUGUGGAACCCUAAACCCCUUAACCUCAUCUGCUGGUCUGCACGCCUCAGACACUCUGGCUCGAGUAAACAGACACGCACGCUCACGAACAUGCGCACACAUCUAUACACCACAUAAAUCCUACCUAGUGCUUGAUAUUUAAUUACACUCAGCUGCACAGAUUGCAGUGGCUGCUGGGUUAGGUAAUGAUGAACCACACAGAAUCAUUAGAAGGGACCUAUAUGGCUUUGUCUCUGUCCUUCCCUACCAGCCUUCUCCUCCUCUCUAAUUAGAGAGCUCGCUCAGUUUUUAAAGUGUAAUAACUCUUGUUCCAUUACUGAGAUGGGCAGGAUUCAUGCUGAGUGUUGGCAGGCAUUCAUUUUUAGCAUUGCUUGACAAUGUGAUAAUGUUUGUGUUGUGUGCGUGUUUCCUUUUGUAAGGCAGAAAUCAAGAGGUUCCCUGGAGUUAAUCACGUACCUGUAUGUGACAUACUCAGGUCCAAGUGUAAUGGAAAGCUCAAUACCAAGUCACUCAUUCAAAGAUACAAUUUGAUUUACAUUAUUGGCAAAUGAGUUAUAGUCAAUAUUAACCUGACUCCAGCUGAGUUGUGAUGUUCGGAGCGUUUUUGCAGGAUUCAACCUGUUUUCUGGUCAAAACUUGAAAGAAGGGACUGGAGAAAGCGGGGGGUUACGUGAGAGAAAAAAGGGCCAAAAAAACCACCCCGUGGGUGGAUGUACGUCAGCUAACUGUUAACAUCCACGGCUCGGAUUAUAAAACUUCAGCGAGCGAUUCUCCUAUGAGCUCACUUCCAAACAAUGUGCUUCAUGUUUCUCCAUCUGCAACCUUUUUUCCUCUUUCCCCCUCUCUCUCUCUUUCUUUUUUAUAGCCCCUCUUCUCUUCCCUUCAUCCUCUCAUCCCUCCAACACUUACUGACUGCGGUGAGUUAAUGGGCCUUUCUCAGAGUCGGAGGAAGCCUGCAUUUCUUCUUAAUUGGUGCUCGGGGUGGUGCAGAAGAGAGAACAAAUGUUUGCCAUACCAGCAGUGCAGUGAUGAUGUAUGCUCUGGUGCCAUGUGACGUGGUGCUCGGGCGAUGCACUACAUGCAGAACAGAAACCCUGACCUGUUAAAGGGUUUUAAGGAUCCUUAAAUCUGAUCCAACAGCUGUGCCAGGGACUACAUUUCGUUGCACGCUUUUCCAUUGUAUAUAGGUCAGAGUUAGCCAGUGGGCGAAGAGACCAAAUAUUGCCAGAAACAGUGACCUGAGGGUUGGUUGAAACCUGCAGUGGUCAUGAGAAUUGAAAUUGUGACACCCUUUUUAUGUUAAAUGCAGGGAUCUGACCCAGAUUUCCCCAUGUUAAUGUUUUCAAGAAAUUUGAACGAGUUUGCAGUCAUCUUAAGAAAAUUGUGGUUGAUGUUAGUCAUAUUUUAGUCUUUCUGUCUUGUGUUGUUUUAGAAGUAAUCAGAGGAACUUGGUUUUGAUUUCAGUUUAGUUUUAGUCAUCAACUUUUGGUUGAUAUUUUAGUCAAAACUUUUCAGUCAGUUUUCUGAUCGUUAAAGAUAUUUUUCCUGGAUGUAAAAAUUUGGGUCGUAUGUCUCGCUGUGUUUUGUCAUUUUGACUAAAAAUAUGUUUCUAACUUAAACUUCCUCAGUUUCCAAUUGCCCAAAGCUUGAUUUGAAGAGUGCAGUAAGUCACAUUUCCAAAACAUGGUUUCCCUCUUGACUGCAUGGAGCUCCAUGGAGCUUUAACUGAGCUGCUCUAUUUUACUGAAUAAUUUGGUUUUUGUAUGUAAGUGUAAAGAAAUCAUAAAUCAGCUUUUAGAGGGAGUAGGUAGACAUGUACUGUAGAGUUAACUAGCACAGCAUGCCAACAUAAGUUACUGUUGAAUUUGAGACCUUGUCAACUAUAGAGAGAGACCUGAUUCCACAAAGAAGUCUGAGUUUUCAGAAGAUUAAAUUUGGAAAGUUGUUUUGUACUUGUGUCAGACGAUCAUCAUUCAUCCUUUUUGUUUCCUGAGCAGACACUGCAGGGUGCUUUGUUUUCCUGAAUCCAUCGUUUUUUUCCCCUCCCCGCUUGUGUCCACAUGGCGCUCUUGUUCUAAUCAGGACGACACAGUCCGUCUCCUCUUUAAAACAUUUGUCCACAGAUUGUGUCUUUUCUUCUUUUCCCUGCAGCAUGAGUUUUAUUUGGCUUUUUAUAGGAUAGCGGUUGCUCGCCUCUUUAUCUUUUAGAAAAAAAAAACUCUUUCUGCAUGUUCUACUGGUAAAUUUCUUGUACUUGUGUGUAUGUUUCCCCUUCUUUUCGAGAACAACAAAGGCAUUAAAAGUGCAUCUCAUAAACUGAGUUUUACGGUUAAUAUUUUACGAGGAUUUGAAAUUAACACGCUGAACCAUUAGCAUAUCGUGUCAUAAGCAAAGGCAGGCGUAAAGUACAUUGCCUCAUUUGUUGCAGUACUUUCCUCUCUCUCUCAGGUAUCUAUGACCUUAUCUCAGGAUUUUCUUUUCUUCUCUUUUCCUCGACUCGUCUCAUAUUUCUCCCCGUCUUAUAUUUUGCACAUGAAUCAGUUUUGCCUUUCGAAACAUCUGGUUAUUGUUCGCCUCUCCUCGUGCGAUGCUUGCCAAGUAGACCAGUCAACCUAUAUUCCUGCAACAGUUUACAUCUUGUGUUAUCAGCUGAAUAUGUUGGAAAAUUCUGUACCUUUUUAAAAACCCAGUCCUAUGAAGGUCCAGCCAACAAAUGGACCUACAUUUUAGGACUUUUAAGAGGCUUUAGGUACCCAUUCUGGUUCAGAUAUAUUGCAUUGUACUGAGAGGCAUUUGUAACCGUAUUUAUAUAUAAUCUGAUGCGUUAAAAUCAGUUUCUGAUAGUCCUGAAAAAUCCUGUUUUUGUACCGUGUGUAUUUCACUUUAAAGGGCUUUUUUUAAGUCUGUGUUUUUGUGCAUGAUUGGAAAUUCCAGUGACCGGGUCAGCCAGUAGACUGGUUUGGCACUCUUGCUAUGUGCUCUGGUGUCAUCAAGCCGGCUUCCCACCAGUAUGUAAUCACCCCUCUGACUGGACCUCUUAUCUCUGACGCCAUGUUUGUCUCUGAAAUAGAGAAAUAUUUGCCAGACGUCGUCAGCUGAUCAGUAACCCGAGUCUUUUGUAGUUUUAAUCUAAAGUGAAAUGAUGACUAAAAGGUCUUAAAAUAUAUAUUACACAUAAUGAGUUACAUAGCUAUAAUUAAAAAGAUACAUAACUCUUGUGUGUUUUUUUUCGAUAAAAUGAUGGAGGAACUUUUACUUCACUGUUAUGACAUUCAUUUAUAAGAAUUGAGCUCUGAAAAAGUGUGCUGCAAGACUGCUAAACAAACUCUCAAUGAUUAUUUCCUACCUCCAAUCCAUCUGUGCUAUCUUCUCUCACAUGACACAGCAUGUUUCUCCAAAUAUCCAAAGAUAAUGUUCUCAUUUUCAUUAAUUUGAAAACACAGCUUGCUUCAUCCCUUGUUGGAAUGGCUCGGGGCAAACAAGCCUUUGUUUGAGUGGUGUGUGAGGGCUGUUUUUUUUUUUCUUCCCCUGUUAUUGAGAGCUUGAGCUUUGUCUUUAACAACCCGGUCCUGUUUCCAGGACUGACUCCUCAACCUGUAAACAUUUGGGAAUACAGGGAGGGGGAAAAGUGGGGAAGAUGAGAGAGAGGCAGUGAGGGGGGGAAGGAGGGGUAAAAAGCUGUAGGAGGGGCUUCUUGUAAUCAUCUCAUGGGUUAAACAGAAGAAUAAGCUCCAACAAUGCACAAUCAAAACUUCAAAGUUUCAAACGACACGUCGGCAGAAAUUUGGGGUGAUAGUCUUGAGUUUUUUUGUAUUCUUCUUGGUGGGUGCGUUUAUGUGUGUGUGGUGGCGCUCUCCCCUCCACAUUAUGUGUUUGCUGCUGAAGGUGGGAGGGCUCAGCUGAUGUCAUUGAGUGCAGCAAGCUGAGCCUGAAAGAGGCCCUUUGUUGGCAGCUGGAGCACGAGUAGUCUCUGCGCCUCGGAUACACACUCGCACAGGAGGACAGGAGGGAGGAAUGGCACUGUCCAGACUGACCUGCUGCCCACUAAACUGACACAUCUACAGCUCUCGCAAUCUUUUGGACCUAACCUGCUCUUCUGGAUUGUUUUUCUUUUUGGUUCAUGUGAAAGUGGAGAAAAAAACGAAAGCCCAAGAGCAAGAGGGGGAAAAAACAUGGAGCCGCUCAGGAGAGAAAGUUGAUAGACUUUGCCGGAUAGCAGACGGUGCUCUUUCUGUUUCAGAGUGAGGGGAGGAUUUACGGCAACUGAAAGAAAAGAAAACCGGUGUAAUCAACGAGUUUUAGGCUGUUUCCUUUUAGAUCAGUUUUUUAACUUCUCUUCUGUGGGACACAUGUAGAGGGAAAGCACUGAACGGACCUUUGAUUUGAACCAACAACAACAUUUUCCAGCGGGAAGGGGAAAAAAAGCAAAUGAAAAUGUUGGAGAUAUGCCUGAAAUUGGUGGGGUGUAAAUCUAAGAAAGGCCUCUCGUCCUCUUCCAGCUGCUACUUGGAAGGUAAGAAAACUUUUGGAUGGCUGUAGUGUUGUUUUUUUAGCUCGGACAUUUGUCUUAGAGUUUACUUUAGAGACGUAUAAACAAUCAGAAGAAUAACCGAAAGAAAAGAAAGCAGGGUCUUGGGAAACAAGGGGGGGGGGCUGAGGGGGGUAAAAGAUGAAGUAUCACGGUGUGAAGGCUCAACAAUGAUUUCUGCACUGUGGAAACAGAAGAAUGGGGAGGGGAAAACGGAGAGGGAGCACAGGGGAGGGCGAGGGAGGCCAGAUGCACUGGCUAGCAGAAAAGGAAAGAAGUGGAAAAAGAGACGGAGAGGAGAAUACAAGGAAAUCUGACUCCUGGUCGUGUCCCACUUAGCUUUUGUUUAUGAGGAGAGGGGAUCUAAUCUCUGCCUGUGCUUUCCUUUUCACCUCUCUGCUAUGCCCCGCACUUUAGCUGAUUUCUUUCCAUGAUAAACUCUCAGAAAACUAUGAUCGGACUUUUUUUUAGAGUCUGCAGAUUUCUUCUUUUCCAUUCCCUCCAGUUAGACAGAUGUUAAUGCCACACCGAGAAUAGAUGAUUGAUUUGCCUCUGAUGUUUGAUGGGACACAAAGGUGAAUUUGAAGAAAUCCAGCAGUCAUGAUCAACAACAGUAAUUGAUUGGCAAUGGAAAAGGCAGUCAGGCUGUAUGUGUGCCAAAGAUUGCAUAACCAAGUGAUUUAAUAGACUUAAUGGUCCUGGUACGCUCCCCACUGAAGGGGAUGACAGUGAUAAAGAGUCUCAAAUUUCCAGCACAUAUGGUCCAAGGCACAGCAAAAAUCCUGCGAAGAUGUUCCACUGCAAGUAAAACUUACUGACCUGAACUGCUUUGUCAGAGCUGGAGAUAACUCUGUUUCUCUUAGGAUAUCAUCAGACACCCCAGGACCAAAGAGAGGACACAGGAGUUGGAGUUUGUAGCUGCUUUACAUCACCUGACAUCUCCUGCUCUCUUCUAAUUGGUUCUAGAGCAACCCUUUACACUACACAGCAAAAGCAUGGCAUGAAUCGCUUCCCGCUCAGGUGGUGCAUGAGAAAUAAACAUGCUAGGGAUUUCUCAGAAGUAUGAGGGCCGGGGACCUUGGCCAACAACUUUGAAGUGGACUACUCUGUAAUAUAGACUGAGGGUUUUUGGACCCUGGUGGCUACUGUUGGGUGUUUUUUAUCCUUCAACCCAAGGUGUAAAUCAGCUUAUUUAGAAAGACAGACACUAAACAUUUUCAAUCUCUCUGUGAUUUCAUCAUGUUGACGGUUAAUCUGUUCAGAUUUUCCCUGAAAACUCCCAAAAGACAGCUAACCAUUGGAACUAUAAAAAAGGCAGGAGGAACCUAUCGUCCCCCAGGGUUUAUCCUCUGGGGAUUUACCAUAAUUGGAAAGUUCCUGAUCUAAAAAACUUACAAUAAAGCCAAAUUUGAAGUCAGUUUUCUUACUAAGGACAACCAAAAACUGAUAAAACUGAUAGACAAAGGAUCACUAAUGUUGGCUGGAUUCAUCCUCUGGGGAAGAUGAGGUGAAAUUGGAUGUUUUUAGUCUCUUUCCCAUCGAGCGUCACUUCUGCGUCACUUUGUGACUUAUGUUGCAAUCCUUUUACUCGCAGCAGUGCGGUCAUAGCCAUGACUGCUUCACACACAUUUAAUCAUUUCAAGUGUAAGGCAUGCAGUGAAUUUCCACCAUUUUCUCUGAUUUUCUCACUCGCUCACCUCGGUUUCCCUUUUUCACAUUCUUUACAUCCUUCUCUUCCUCCUCGCUCUUUGAGCGGGUGUUGUCACCGUCCAUGUGUCAGUGUGCCGUCACCCUCUCACAAAGAGCUGUGGUAUUUGUGGCCCGUAAAGUGGACAUGUGUGGCACGAGCUGGUCAAAUGCACAGCCCACGUACUUUAUGACCAGGCCUGACUCUUUCUGGACAUAUGGCAUGCCUAACUUGAUCUGAGGUCUGAAUCACACUCUGGUCCUCGUCUUCUGCCACAGUUUCAACCCAAAUCUGACAAAAAGCACAACCAUAACUCUUCUUUCUUGAUUCUCUCUUACGACUUUCUUGAAUAUUAACAAUGACAACAGUUUCUGCCUUUUGUCUCCCCUUCUUUAAUGUACAAAGUUUUGAUAAAAUGCUAAAUGAAUACAAGACAAUGACCAGACCUCGUCAGGAACAGUAGUUUCUACAUCACUCCACACUGCAGGGUUAUGGUAGAGACAUUUUUCAUGGUUUCUUAACCAUAUGAAUGUGGAGAAUCUCUGUCCCUGUGUGACAUGAGGUGCAGAGAUACCCAUAUCUCUUCCAGCCAAGGGAAGUACCCCAGAUUAUUGCUCCAAAACUCACUAGGUCUGUCUCUUUUGACAUGGUAAGCCAAACAGUCGUGCUCCAGAUGAAACUGAAUCUGUUGUGUUCUCACUGGGAAAAUGGCAGGUUUGUUACCACCACAUUUGGUUUUGAUUUUCUCAGUGUGCUUAGGCUCUCGGGCCAAACUUGGCAUCAGAGGCUGUGUGAAAGUCUCUCACCAGCCUCUCAAUACACAGAUUCCUGAGACUUGUCAACAAAGUCAUGUGAUUGGCUGCUUGGCUGCUGGCACCAUUCGCUGUGUUUACUUCCUUGGGUUGGUACUGUUUUUAUGGUAUACGUGUAUUUACUCGCUGCUUUCUAGGAACUAGCGAGACAUAUUUUCUGAAACCAUGGCUACAGAGCUCUGCCAUGUUUGGUGGUCACAAAAACAUUUUGGGGUUGCACUCCAAACAUCUAAAUCAGGCUGUUUGUCUGGACUUUAGAGCCUCUUUAGUAGCUCUACAAUUAGGAUAAUACUCUUACUCUUCAGUUUGAUAUCAGUCCCCACAAUCUUCAGCUCUAAACCACAGAAGAAAAAUGAAUAGUCAAAAACACUCGAAACCAAACCAAGCUUUGAUCAGCUUAAAUAUCAGCACAAUCUUGGUGUUUGUUGGUUUUCAUUUGAGACUUUGCUAGACUGACUUUUAAUACUGCAGCUGCAGAAUUUCUUAUUAAGGGUAACCCUCCAACCUCAGCCUUAGAAGUAAAGCUGGAAUCCAUAUGACAGGAGGUGGGGUGCCAUUGGUUUAUGGUCACUGCUAACAUUUUAAUUUUACGGCCUCCUCCUCUGAUUCUCAGAUGAAAUCCACAAGUGUCUUAAAAGCUGAGUGUCCAUUAUAACAUAUUUAAAGAGAUAUUUGUCUUACACACUAAUAACUGACAAAUGAAAGGCAGACACACAGAUUUAUGGAAAUAUCUGCAGUAUUAUAGGGCUGGGCAAUAUGGCCUCAAAUCAAUACCACGAUUUAUUGAGCAGUUCACUUCAAUAAUGAUAAAUGGACGAUAACUACUCCACAAGCUGCUCACCCCCUCCCACAUUAACUUUGUCUACUUCAGGCGCCGCUCCAGCAGCUACAACUUUUGACACGGAAUAUAUUAACAUGGGCAGAAUGACGUUGGUUACUGUCGUAAGUUUCGGUUUCAUUAAGUUUUCAGUUUAUUGCCCAGCCCUACUUCUUCAGCUCCUCAUGAGCUCUGAGAACAAAUUGAGCAAAUUAGCGAUAAGUUGCGCAAAUACUCCUUCAGUUAUUCAAAGAUAGAUAGACACAAAGGUUUCUCAACCCACAGAACAAGUAGAGAUCACUGUCCAGCUUAAGUUCUUAUUGUUGGAGACCUCAAACAGGUCCAGAAAUCCCAGUGAAGCACAUUUAGAGCUGAAUGUCCUGAAAUCUAGGGAGAAAUUGAUUUUAUAAUGUUGUGGUUGGUCAAGAAAGCGCUAACUAAACAUGGAUUCAGAAGAUCAGUUUAAAUGCCCCUCAUGUGUUUCUAUUAGCAGCUAGUUGAAGUCUCUUUGGGACUCUUCAAUUGUUCCCACUUGUAAUUUCUUUAACCCGUUUUCAUCUCACUUUUAAAAGCCUCAUCUGGACUUACCUCGUCUCACCUUUUAUUCACUGAAUCUGUGGUUGCUCGCAGCUCUGUCCUGAUAAAAAAUCAGCCCUGAUUGUGUUGUGAUCACUCAGUGCAACGUGUUCUCUCCCUCAGGUCAAGUCAAUUUUUCUUACAAUGUGAAUAAAUCAAAGUCACUGUAUGAAACACACAAAAAUCUGGAUGGUUUUUGGCUGAUUUUCCCACCUCAGUCUCCUUCAGACCAGACAGACCUUAGCAGUCUGUCAUCAGGCUAAAAGUCUGCAAAAGAUUAGAUGAUCUCACCGCUCAUUCUCUGCAGAAACUCACUGUAGAUAUGUGGAAUUUUUCGAGCUAACAUCCACUUAUGCAACAAAUGUGGUGAGUAAUUUGUGAUUUGCUACAUUGUGCAGCUGGAGAGCUUGAACUCGCUCCAGGUUUUUCCAGCAAAUGAUGAAAAUUUUACAUCUCUAAAACAUUAUCUGUGAAAGAAAAAGUUCAUGAUGAUUUUACAAAAUAAAAGUCCAACAGAUUUUCCAAAUCAAGUUAGAAAAUAUCAACACUUUUCAUUAACGUGUUAAUCAUGAUUUGAUGAUUUUUCUUGCCUUUGGAAAAUGUAGACAGUGUGUAAAGCGUCUGUGAGCGUUGUGAAUAGUUUUGCAGCUGUCGAAGGGCAUAAUUGUAAAAUCACUAAAACAACAUAUUAGAAAUCAGUAUUUCUUGCCUGUGUUGCCAAAUCCUCAGACUCUGUAGUCACCAGAUGUCUCAUUCUGUUAUUCCUCUGUCUGUUUGGCCUUGUUCAAAUGUUCGAACUCUCUUCAAUAAGAUGAAAUUGGGCCUCAUUACCUAAAAAUUAAACUUACAAAUUGCUGUAAUUUAUCAAAACUAAGACAUGAAAGGAAUGUGGCAGCUUCAAGCGAUUUUCCUAUUAAAUGUUUGGCCUGUUUAACUGAUGUUAUCAGUUUCUUCUUGUUAGCCACCCUAGCAUGCUUUUAUUUGUAAUCAGUCUGGAGAUUUGGUGGGUUUCAAGUAUUUUAGUGUCAUCCUUUAAAGCACCCUCAUAUCUUAAAGCUGUCAGGGAAAGGUAAGAGUCCAGUGCUGCUUCAGACUGUUGUUUCUGCUGGAAGGAUGUGGGUGUCUGUGGGCUUUGGGGGGGUUGAAAUGCAAGAUGCCUCUGAAACAUGUGUGACAACAGCUGAGCAAGCCACACAGCCAGGCUCAUGUUUAGGCCAAACUGCAGUUAAAAAAGCCCUCCCCUCAUUUAACUCCUCUUCUCUCCCUUCAUUUAUUCUCAGUAUUGAGAUUUCGCACUUUUUAAAAAUGCAGUCAUCAGUUUUACUGCUUUAAAAUUGCUAUAAUCCGAGCUGUCUGUAAUUAAGAGAACUAUAAAUUUCAGCACUUUGAACUCUUAUUACCUGUUAGAGGGAGCACAUCCUCUCUCUGAGCUUCGUGCCGGGACACAUUCUCACAGUCUGACAUGUGGCAGUUGUCUAGGUAUUUGGGAAAAUGAAGAGAUAAUCCAGGAAAUGAAAAGUUAUACAGACAGCAGGUCACAUGAUCAGGUUUAGGGCUCUAAUCCAACAUCGGGGAUCACAGCUGAUGACCUGCUUGUUGGAGAAAUGCUUCAUGGGGAGACAACAGUGGACAAUGUUGCUUUAGGAUUCUUCAUGUGUUAAGUUAAAUGGGAAAUCUGCUGCACAGUGCAUACUCCACACACCUACAGAUUCCUCUGAAAUGCAUUGUUUGAUGUUCCCCUCUCACAUCCCUGUUAACUAUUUAUAUUCUGAUGUGUUUGUUCCCUUUUGUUGUUUCAGAAGCUCUCCAGAGACCAGACUUUGAGAGUCAGGGUCUGACUGAAGCGGCCCGCUGGAACUCCAAAGAGAACCUGUUGGCCGGACCCAGCGAGAAUGACCCCAACCUGUUCGUCGCACUCUAUGAUUUUGUCGCGAGCGGUGACAACACACUCAGCAUUACUAAAGGUGAAAAUGCCCUCUGUGUUUUUUUGUUAUGCAUCCAGGUGAACCUGAGUCUCUGUGAGGUUUUGCAUCAUAUUGUAAAAGUGCUUGUUUGCUUCCUGUCUCGUUACCUCUUCGCCUACAUCCCUGUCUGACUCUCACUUCCUGACAACAGUCUCACAUUUUUGUUUUCCUCUGCACUGACCGUGAAACAAUACCGUGAACAUAUCACACAAACAGAGGAAGGAAGGAGGGAACAUAUGUGCCGGAAUAAACAAGAAAAUGUCCCGUUUGACUUAAGUUUCCAGAUUUAAUAUGAGACAUGUCGCUGUAUGACAUAAUUUUUAAAUUGGAGUUUAGCAAAGAAAUCAGGAGGAUUUAAGGGAUAUUAAUAAAUUAUUUAUAGUCAUUUUUCACUUGUUUUGUUGAAACUGAAGAAGAGAAAAAACAUGCAUUGAGUCCAGCUUAGCACAUGAUGUGGAAAAGAGCUGUGAUCUAAGGAAACAACACAUUAGAUACAGUGAAUUCCUGCAUUUCUGAAAAACCAAGCCCACGCCAGCCAUAGUGUUACGACAGCAUCAACAAAGUCUUCAGAAAAACAAGUCAGAGUAGAAGUUCUUCACAAGAGUAAGAAGCCAGGAGAUACUUGAUAAGAAUUUCUGUCUUUUCUCGGCUAGGGGAGAAGCUGCGUGUGCUGGGCUACAACCACAACGGAGAGUGGUGCGAGGCACAGACGAAGAACGGCCAGGGCUGGGUGCCGUCCAACUACAUCACCCCUGUCAACAGUUUGGAGAAGCACAGUUGGUACCAUGGGCCCGUGUCACGCAACGCCGCAGAGUACCUGCUCAGCUCGGGCAUCAACGGGAGCUUUCUGGUCCGAGAGAGCGAGAGCAGCCCCGGCCAGAGGUCCAUCUCCCUGCGGUACGAGGGGAGAGUCUAUCACUACAGGAUUAACACUGCGUCUGACAGCAAGGUGGGCGUCAACAAACACGCACAAGACAUUUAAAAUCCAGUCGAUCAAAGGGAUAUUCGGGCGUAAAAUUAAGUUAGGAUCAAACACACCAUAACACUUAGUUAGACACCCUGUCGAGAGAUGAAUGAAUAUCCUGCGGUCGUUACUUAAGUUGGUAUAACUAGAGAAGCAAGCGGUCAGCAACAUUUAUGUCUCGACCCUAACUUAAUUUUACGCGGGAAUAUCCCUUUAAGUUGUUUCUGUUACUGAGGUUUUUUACAACCUUAGAGAGGUAACAAAUGCUCACAAAUACUUUAAAAUAAAUGCUAGCAGUGGUCUUAAAUAUGAAGAAGUCGGAUCCGGGAGCACUUGCAGCUGUGGUGUGAGGAAUCAUUCAUCUUCAUGGUCGAAUUACUAUUUCAUUAGUAAGGUACAGCUGACUUUAUCGACUGGGAAUCCCCCAAAACUGCCAUGUCAGUUAAGGAGCCGCUGCCAUUUUGACCCGUCACCCUCCCCUCCCCUCCCCCGGUCUGUGAUGCAGUGAGGUGAGCUAGCAUGAGGAACGCUAGCUAUGACAAGAAUGCCUUAAACCACCACUGUGCUGCUCAUAAUGGCCAGCAGACACGAGGCAGGCCAGACACUGACGCCCAUGCUAAGACAUGCAUUAGCACAGACAGAUGCAGCCAAGUAUGCACACAUACACACACACACACACGACACAAAUGAACGAUCCCUCUCUCACACACACACACGGUUCCCCAUCUCAUAUUGUUUUCCAUCCUCCCACUGAGCCAGAACUCAAGGGUCUGGUAUGAUCGACUCCUCCAGCGAGCGAGUUGAGAUUACCUCAGCGCUCUGAGCUGCAGAGCUGACCUCUUGUGAUUAACCGUGCUCCGAAUAACUGAGGUCUUUCUCUAGUUCAAAUGUGUUUUCCCACAAAGAUUUAGGAACUGGUCAAAGUUUUAGCCAAGAGAGCAGCCAACUGACCAUUAAAUCCUCUUUAGAUUUCAAAGGUCUUUCACUGCAGUCAAGUUUGUUCUUUCUCCCCUUUUCCCCUUCCACGUGCCCUCAGCUCGCUCAAAGAGCCUGUUCACAAGUCAUGAAGUAUGCACAGCCCACAUUGUAGAGCAAAUCAUUUCUGGGUUAUGUAAGACUUGGACAAUGGAAAAGACUGUGUCCACUGAGCCCUGACCAAUAUCCUUCCGUCCGCUAGUUUCCUGACUAAUGCCCUGUAAAGUUAGGAAUGGGCUGAGACCGGUCUUUAUGGAGGAAAUAUUGUAUUAUUGUUUUAUUGGGAUUUAGUAUAUUAUUUAAUGUGGAAUAACUGUUAUUCCUCUUCUGUAACUUAAAAGUUUGUAUAUUUUAACACUACAGUUUAUUUUUUAUUUAUAUAUAUUAUAUUAUUUCAUUUUAUUUUUCAUUGAUUUCACAUAUCAAUAAUCUAUCAAAAUUUUACAUGUAUUGAACAAAUUUCCAACAGUGUAAUAAACAUAUAAACAAUGAACAAGUUUGUAGCCUGAACCAAGGAUAUCAACAAGGGCCGGACCGCUUUAUCAGCGAACCGAUUCAAUCAGCCAAUUUUAGCCCGUUUGAGACUAAUCGGUAAUCGUCCAAAACUCGCCAAUUUUCGCUGAAAUUUUCAGAAAUAAAAUGCGGAGACUAAGAUUCGGUUUCACUUCGAAAAUGUUCCGCCAUUUAAAAAGUUCCCCGACUUAUCCUGUAGAUGGCGCAGUGACCUCAUGACAAUCUCCAUCCACUAACUACCUCACAGCACAGCAGAGUGAUCUGCAGCAGGCAGCUCAGGGACGCACGGAGGAGAGUGGUCCGCCUCAACGGUAAAUAAACCAGUUUGUGAAAUACACAAUAAGUCAACAAGUUUCAGUUCAAUCCACUUCACGAUGUUUCCUGCUGUGCUGGUCUCGGUCCCGCCGAGUAAUCGGUGAAUCACAAUGUAAUAUAUAAGCUAAAGUUAGAGUUAGCCACCUGCUAUUAGCCUUGCUACACUGUUAGCCGUGCCAGUAACGGUAGAAUAAACAUCAGUACACAUUAUGUGAUCGAGCUACUUCUCUUACUGAGGCAGCUGCAUGUUUCCAAAUGAGACCGGACCGGAAAUGAGUAACGCGAGGCACCGAUCGGUGGCGGGGGGUGGGGGUAGUUGAAAACGCUUUUCUGGUCCGGGUUUGAGCAGUCGGUUUUCCUGUCGACGUGAAGAGCAGUAGCCUACAGUAUAUUUACAGUAUUUAGUAUACUGUAUAGACUAGUCUGUAUAUCUAUAGUAUAAAUAUUUUUUAUAACUUCAUAGAAAAUUUGAAAAAUCUGCCGAUUAAUCGGUAAUCGGACCCCCCCCCCAUUUAGCCCAUUUCUAGUGAUGGCCAUUUUAGCUGCCACCAACACUAUUCGAAAUAUACAUUUUUCUCCUGACAUUAUCUCUUUUUACCUGAGACUACCAGGUGACACUUGGCAGGGAUGCAGUGUUUGAGAAAACCUGGGCUGAUACUGAUUCCGAUGGGACAAAGAGAGCAGAUAACUGGUUUCAUUUCUGUUAGCUGUUACUUUGUGAGCAUUUGAAAAGUCAUUCAGGCCUCCAUUACACUAUUUUUGAGCAGUGCAUACUCAACGGUGGAAAUUUACAACAAAAAACUCUUAAUUUAACCUUCUUUCGAAUUAAAAAAAGCUUUUUAAAAAUAACUUCUUAGGCUGCUUUAAAGUCACAAACUAGGUGAAAAUGAUGGUUUUAAAAUAGCUGAAAUAAAAGCUGCCUCUUUUUGUGAACAAGAUGUUUUAGGAUUAAACAAAAUGCACAAAUAACAAUAAAAAAAGGUAUUUCAACUGUUCUCUUUUUCAGCUCAGUUUCAUUGUUUCAUCAGGCCUCUGAGUGAUCUUACACACAGGAUGUGAAAUUCUUCAUGACUCCUGACAUGCCGUGAUUAUUUUAAGUGAUACAUACACACCUCCUCAAAGGUCUAAUCUCUCUUUUCCCGCAGCUCUACGUCUCGUCAGAAAGCCGUUUCAACACGCUGGCGGAGCUGGUGCACCACCAUUCCACAGUGGCCGACGGCCUCAUCACCACGUUACACUACCCGGCGCCAAAACGGAACAAGCCGACCAUCUAUGGAGUUUCUCCCAACUACGAUAAGUGGGAGAUGGAGCGCACUGACAUCACCAUGAAGCACAAACUGGGAGGGGGCCAGUACGGGGAGGUUUAUGAGGGGGUUUGGAAGAAGUACAACCUCACUGUGGCUGUUAAGACACUAAAGGUGAGAAGACCGGACUCAUCUCUCACGUGUUCCUUUUAUCAGGAAAGGGUGUUUUUUAAUCCCCCUGUAAUAAAGUGGAAAAAUUUUAUUGGUUUUACACAGAGUCAGCUUUCACUCUUGAUAUAAUGCUGAAUAAUGCCACCAUCUGGUGUUACAAACCAGCAACUGCAUCUUGGCUUCAGCUCAUUGUUUUGAUAAUUACUCUGUGCAGGAGGACACUAUGGAGGUGGAGGAGUUUCUAAAGGAGGCUGCUGUAAUGAAAGAGAUCAAACACCCAAACCUGGUACAACUUCUAGGUAUGUAAAAUGACUCUUCUGUGCUGGGUUUCAUCACCUUGAAUUUGCCUGAUUUAACCUGGGCUGAAGAAGUGAAAAUACAUGAAAAUAUAAACCCUGUAAUUAAAACUGAUGCACUUUGUUGUCUUUGUGUGUUUUGGUUGCAGGUGUUUGCACACGGGAGCCACCCUUCUACAUAAUCACAGAGUUUAUGACCCAUGGGAACCUUCUAGACUACCUGAGGGAGUGCAACAGAGAGGAGGUCAACGCGGUGGUGCUGCUCCACAUGGCCACGCAGAUCUCCUCUGCGAUGGAGUAUCUGGAGAAAAAAAACUUUAUCCACAGGUGGGUGCAAAGAUCUUCUCGGUUUUUAAUGAGCGAUCUCAGUCGUGCGGUGUCAGUCAGAGCUAGAGGAACCCUGAAAAAGUAUUUUUUAUGUCUCAAUACUUUCUUUUCUCCCCCUCCCCUGAGCUGCUCCCCUCAAACUCCAUAAUCUGUUCUCACAGGAGGGACAGACGAGUCGAUGUUGUAACAGAGUUUGUUUGUUCUGGCAUGUUUAAAAAGGUCCUUUAGCAGAGAUGAGAUGAUUUAUGUCUUUUGUAUGUGCCAGAGUUCAUUUUUAAUUUUCAAACUUGACAAGACGCAGCUUGUGGCUCUGCUUUAUGCAAAACAUCUGUGGAAAUCCAACACUUGGGUUGAUGUUGAAACAACACUUCACUGAUUCUUUUGUUCUUUUUUUCUCUUAGUUUUUACAAAACAGUUCCUGUGCAUUAAAAGAAGCUUUGUCGCUCUUCCUGUACAUUUUGUCUCUCGUGUUGGUUUGGAUUUUUGUUCAGUUGUCAUGCUGUUUCUGCUCCUUGUAUGAAAUUAUUUUUUCAAAUUCAGGUUUUUAGAAGUCUCGAUUCCAUCAUGACCCCCUGUUGUAAUUCCUCUCAUCCAGGGACCUCGCUGCACGAAACUGUCUCGUUGGGGAGAACCACCUGGUGAAGGUUGCCGACUUUGGCCUGAGCAGGUUAAUGACUGGAGACACCUACACCGCUCAUGCUGGGGCUAAAUUCCCCAUUAAGUGGACCGCUCCAGAGAGUCUGGCCUACAACAAGUUUUCUAUCAAAUCUGACGUCUGGGGUGAGUUUGAACCCGUUCAGAAAACACUCAAAUGUAUUUCCUAAUUUGCUCCAUGAAUUGAUUCUUGGCGUGAGUCUGAUUUUAUACCUGCAUCUCCAGCAUUUGGCGUGCUUCUGUGGGAGAUAGCCACCUAUGGCAUGUCUCCAUAUCCUGGCAUUGACCUCUCUCAAGUGUACGAGCUGCUGGAGAAGGAAUACCGAAUGGACCGACCCGAGGGCUGUCCUGAGAAGGUCUAUGAGCUCAUGAGAGCCUGUGAGUGCCCAAACUUUUUCGUCCUGAAAGCCAGAGGUGCUGAAAUUCGGUUUGGUCUAACUUUGAUUUUUGUUUCCUCUCAGGUUGGAGAUGGAACCCUUUAGAGCGACCCUCUUUUGCUGAAACGCACCAAGCUUUUGAGACCAUGUUCCAAGAGUCCAGCAUCUCUGAUGGUCAGUCCAGUGCUCUGUCACAUCCACGGAAUGAUGUUCAUUUGUAACGUUCAUGAAACAGUUAAGAUCUUGAAAUCCCUUUCUUGGCCUCUUUUAAAUCUUGUUUGUCUUUGUGUUUGCAGAGGUGGAAAAGGAACUGGGAAAAAAAGGGAAGAAGGUGACCUUAGGCCCCAUCCAGCAGGCUCCAGAGCUGCCCACAAAAACCAGAACCCUCCGCAAAAACAUGGACAACCGGGAUGGAGACAGUCCAGGUGUGAAUCACUCACACAAACUUGAACUCCUCCUUAGUUCUUAGAAAAUAGUCCAUCAAGAUAACCACUGUGAGAUAGUAACAGUGUAUGUUGAAUAAAAGUGUUUCUCUUACUCGUACCAGAUUCGAAAACUGUAAAAGGAAGACAGAGACUAGAUGUUUUUUCAGCUUGUUUGAUUAGCAGUCACCAUCUUGAUGCUGUUUUAUCACAAAUUUCCUUUUAGUUUCCUUUUGAGUGAAGUCAGUCUGAGCUUUUAACACCCUGUGAGACCGAGUGUAGUCUUAGUUUUUUGGCAGUAACCUGAACUACGGCUUUUGGAGUUACCUCUCAGCUCAUACUUCUUCUGUUAAAUCCUAUUUACUUUUCUUGAACAAUGUUCUUUUUGUCUUUUUUCAAUUCCAGAUUAAUAAUUAUCCCGUAAAUAAUAAUUACCCUGUCACUAAUAAUCCUCUUCUUCUUCUUCGUCCUGGCUUAUUUUCUCAGAUCCAGCGGAUGCAGAAGCAGCUAUUUCAUCUCCCAUGCUCCCCAGGAAAGAGCGCCCACUCCUGGACAGCAACCUGAACGAGGAUGACCGCCUGCUCCCCAAAGACAAAGACAAGACCCGAGGCAGCGGCUUCCUCAGCCUGAUCAAGAAGAAGAAGAAGAACGCCCCCGCCCCGCCUAAACGCAGCUCCUCUUUCAGGGAGAUGGAUGUCCACACCGACAGGAGGGGUGUCACACCAGAUCCCCGAGACACUGAGAGCUUCAACAACGGUGCGGCCGUCAAUGACGUCACACACGGCCUGGACUCUGCAAAGUUCCUGAGUAUUAACAACAAUGGAGCAGGGGGGAUCACUAACGGGGCUCCCACCUACCCGGGACCCUUGUUUCCCAGGAAGAAGGGAGCCCCUGCAGUGCCCGGCCCUGGAGGGAAAGCGGCCACAACCCCACCCAGCGAGGAGGAAUCCAUGUCCAACUCUAAGCGGUUCCUCUGGUCCUUGAGUAUACCCACAGGCUCAGACAGCACUGAGUGGAAGUCUGUGACACUGCCACGAGACCUCGGUCAGCGACACUUUGACUCAGGCACCUUCGGGGGCAAACCAGCUCUGCCUCGUAAGAGAACCAGUGAGCAAAAAGGGGAGAACGCCCCUCGUAUGGGCACUCUGACCCCUCCACCACGCUUGAACACAUCAUCUGAUGUUUCAGCUUCGUUCUUAGGUAAAGACUCAGAUCUCAGUCCCGGUUCCAGCCCCCAAGCGUUGACACCUAAGGUUGUGAGGAGACCGGGGUUACCUGGGCUGGAGAACUCAAAGACCAGCGCUCUCCAUGCUGAGCUCCUCAAGCCUAAUGUGUUCCCCGCUUUAGGAGCAGCUGGAGAGGAGUGCCGAGCCCGCAGAAACAAGCACUCUGGGGACUCCGUCAGGGAAAGAGGGAAGAUACAGAAACCCAAGCCGGCCCCGCCUCCACCACCCACUAAUGCCAAAACAGGCAAGAUUUCCCGCAGUCCCACCCAGGAUCCCCCUUCCCCCUCAUCCACCACCUCUGACAUGAAAGCGAAGGGCCUCCCUUCUGCCUCAGAGUCCCACCACACAGCCACAGCCAGCGACCAAGCUCGCUCGGCGCUUAGCGAGGGCUCCAAGAAGCUGCCCCUGGGCUCCUCUUCCAAACCUCAACCGUUGAAGACCUCCUCCUCCUCUUCCUCAGUGACCAGCUCCCUCUCCAGCCAGAGCCUUGGAGGGUUCUCCUCUUCCCUCGCCUCUCCUGGCGAUCAGAGCUCGCCCAACGCUUUCAUCCCCUUAGUGAACAGCCGACGCUCCCUCCGCAAGACAGCGACCCGUCAAGGUUCGGAGCGCACCCCCAACUCCGCCGUGACUCGGGAAAUGGUGCUGGAAGGCACAGAGCUGCUGCGCGCCGCCAUCUCCCGCAACUCAGAGCAGACGGGUAGCCACAGCGCCGUGCUGGAGGCCGGAAAGAACCUGUCCAAGUACUGCAUGAGCUACGUCGACUCCAUACAGCAGAUGAGGAACAAGUUCGCCUUCAGAGAGGCCAUCAACAAGCUCGAGAGCAGCCUGCGCGAGCUGCAGAUCUGCCCCACAGCCACAGGGGGCGCCAACGCACAGCAGGACUUCAGCAAGCUGCUGUCCUCUGUCAAAGAGAUCAGGGACAUUGUUCAGAGGUAGCGCCGUAAAAUCUCAAACCACCAAGAUAUGAAACUGAUAAGAAUUGAUCUUACUCUACCCUUUUUUCCCUGAGCAUGCACAUGAUCCAGGGUCCAUGCUUAGCUCAUGUUGGAGAUUUGAGGGUAAAAUCCUGCAGCAGAGCAGGAGCAGAGUGUAGGUUUGUAUGACUGGACACUCUGAAACACUUAAGCCUGUGGUUAUUGCGGAUGUAAUCAAAGGAAUCUGUCUGUGGAUGUCGUGGGUGAGUUUGCAAAGGCCUUAACCAUGAACGAACUGUGUCUUUUAGCCUUUUGAACGAGAGGCUCGGGGCCAACUCUUUCUUAACAUGACUCUUCACCAAUCACUUUAGGAGGAGUCACGUCUCUUUUGUAUUUUAGCUUUCCCCCUUUACCCUCCACACUAAUAAAAGAAAGGCCUGUGAUAUUCGUUCCCAUCACUGGUAACAGCGUUUUGAGCUUUCACUGAUGCCGAUGACAAUGACCACAAAGUAAACACUUCACCUCAUCUCGCUCCAGGAUGCCUUUAAGACACUAAAACUGAUCUCAUUAUCAUCUCCAUCUGAAAUGAGUCAGUCUGUUUAUAACAAACAAGAAUCCACGUCAUCAUCAUGUGAUUGGUUGCGUGCCGAGUGGUGAAAACGUGCAAGUGUUUGGUGCGUAUGAAUGCGUUUUUGCAGUAUUUUCAACAAUGUGCCAUAAAGUCCUAACGGGAGCAAACAAAUAAGGCAGAAUGAGCCUUCUCCUUGUUUUAUUCCUGCUCUCUUGUAGUGCCUUAAACACUAUCGGCUGAAUUGUUACAGGAGGAGUUGUGUGGAGUUUUUUUUUUUUUGGUUGCCUUACCAAAAAUGUUUGUCUCCAGUCUGAUCUGGAGGGGGACCAGGGUGCAAGAUCUGACAGACUCUUAUUUCGUGUUGUCCUAAAGAAUGGGCCUAUGUGUUUUUUUUGUUUUUGUUUUACUUUCUCAACAUGCCAGUCACUAAAGCCAUCAGUAGCAGCCCAGCCUUGCAAAGAGGGAUCACAGACUAGCGCAGCGUUUCUCCGACCACACAGCGGCCUCCUCUGAUCUAGGGUUUUUAAAUGCUGUUUUAGAGGCAUUUCUACCCCGGAAUAAACAACCAACGUUCCUAUAUCCUGGGGGAAACACUGGACUGAAAUGUUUUUUUGGAUGUCACUUGCUGUCUUACAUGAUGUAUAAAGUGAGAAGCUGACCAUCUUGGGACUUAAAAGAAACAUAUAAAAUUCCACUCUAACAUCACACGUACCUUAAUGCUCGUUUGCAAAUGUUGGACACUGUCAGUGUUUGUGCUGUUUCACCCUUUGUGCCCCGUCUGACUGCGAAGCCUGAGGACACAAGUCAACCACAAGCUGCCUUGACUUCAACACGGUACUGUCAGUGUUGGCUUUUUUUUGUCGUUUUUAUCAAAUUCAACCCCUUUACAACCAUACCACUACUUUUUUUUGUUUGUUUUGUUUUUUUUUGUCUCAGCAUCCUCACCGAUUUUGUACACAAACUUAACUUUCCCUUGUAAAUAAGAUUUCUUUUUCCUAUUUGUUUCUUCCUCUUGCCAUGGUGCAAUUUUUGUUGCAAUAAAAUACACAGCAGUUGUGCUACUUGAAAUACA